UCAACAUAGAAGUAAACGAGCUUUGUAUAUAACUGCAUUUAUACUAACCAAGCUAUACUAAAGUUUUUCACGAAAUGGGAACAAUUGCUACGAGCUUUAAAGCAAAGAAGGUGCAUUUGAUAAACGAAAGAUAUCAAAUUCAAGAGAAAUUAGGUGAAGGAUCCUUUGGUGUUGUAUUUAACGGUCUUGAUACAAAAAAGAACGAACGGGUAGCUAUCAAACUUGAGGUGAGAACUGGUUCACUUCUUGCGAAGGAAUGGCAUACUUAUAAGUUACUACGAAACGCUGUUGGUUUCCCAAAAGUGAGAUGGUUUGGUCAGAUCAUGCCCUUCUACGACGUAAUCGUAAUGGAUUUGCUCGGAAAGAAUUUAGGAGAGUUGUUUAGAGAAUGCGGCAAUCGUUUUUCGAUCAAAACAGUUUUGAUCCUAGCAGAUCAAAUGAUCAGCCGUCUGGAGUACUUACACAACAUGAAUAUCGUUCAUAGAGAUAUAAAACCAGAGAAUUUCGUUAUGGGUUUAGGCAACACAAGAAAUACACUGUAUUUGGUGGACUUUGGCUUAUCAAAACGUUUCCGUGACUCUUACACAAACCAACAUAUCUCAUUUCGUGACGGGAAAAAUUUGACAGGAACAGCUCGAUAUGCAAGCAUCAACACACAUCAGGGAAUCGAGGCAACACGAAGAGACGAGUUGGAAAGUGUUGGCUACGUGAUGAUAUACUUCCUGCGAGGUUCGUUACCUUGGCAAGGGAUUACGAAAAAACUAUGCAAAAAGCAGAGGCACACCAAAAUAGGAGAGAUAAAACGCGAUAUGAAAUUAGAUGACCUUUGUAGGCAAUGUCCCAAGGAAUUAAUACGGUAUAUAUCUUACUGUAGAAACUUGGAAUUUACGGAAAAACCAGAUUAUACAAGCCUUAGACAAAUGUUUCGCGAUUUACUUAAAAACCUUGGCCACGAAUAUAAUUACGACUACGAAUGGUCAGAAAAAGGAUCAGGGAACAGUUAUUUAAGCACAUUUCCGUGCAACUAUAACAAAGAUGUCGUGACUUGGUUGUGAUGCAAGUGAAAAUAGAAACGUGGUCGAUUCGUCGAUAUGAAGAAAUAUAUGGAAAAAAUGUUUAAUAUAUUUCUAAUUUAAAUGUUUAAUCGUUAUUUAUAUAUUAUAAAAUGUAUUUAAUAAAUGAACGUUUAUUUAAAAGGUAAGAGUGCAAUAAAGAGUUUUGUUCAUUGAUAAUGAUGAUAAUUUACAA